CAGUCAGUCACUUACAACGGGAAAUUAAGUAAAAACUUAACACUGGGAAUUGUGUAACCUAAAAACUAUUAUCUAUUCUGUUUGUUUAUUAGAAAUAAUUGUCAGAAAAAUGAAUUCACUAUCCAUCACAAGUAGUUUACUCCAAUUAAAACUUAUUCUCAAAAUGAAUAUGAACUAUUUACACACUAAUUCAGUUACCUUUGCUGUUAAGAAAACAACAUCGGCGGCAGGAGGUGUAAUGGGGCUGGGCAAGGGUAAGAAGAAAGCAGGCAAGAUCACCACAAUGGAGAAGAAGCAGCUGCCCGUGGAAACGGACCCGCACAAGCUGGUCACAUACGUGUGCGGUUCUAACAUCUACACCACAGGGGAGGAUGUUAAGUUGAAAGAUGACAGCGAAUACCCUGAUUGGCUGUGGGAGCUGCGACCCGUGCCUCCUCGCUUAGAGGAGCUCGACCCCAACUCCAAACAGUACUGGUUGAGGGUCAGAGCGGCCGGUAUAAGGAGGAACAACAUGCUAAGAUCCAUGAGGAAGUUUUAGUGUUGGGUGGUGAAGUGUUACAGAACAAUUGAUAGAAUAGGUACCGGUUUUUGAAUAAAAUGAUGUAUGUAUGUUUUAUUGUAUGGUUUUUAACUGACUUUAGAAAAGGAGGUUCACAAUUCAUUGGUUUAUUUUUUUGUUAUUCCAAUCUGACAAAUUAUAUUUAUUAUUAGAUUUUAA